CACAACACAACACACUAGUUUCUCGCCCAAAAGGCACCAACCCAUCGACAAAAUGGCAUCCACCAUCAAAACAGUCACCAAAGACUCCUCCCCCCUCUCCUUCAUGACCCGCCUCUCACAACACGUCUACCUCUACCGACCCUCCUCAUCCACCACCUUGUCUCCAACAACAACAACCACCACCACCACCACCACCACCACACCCGGCAACCGUCCACCCCCAAAACUCAUCCUCCUCUGCUCCUGGAUGGGCGCCCGCGACCCCCACAUCGCCAAAUACAUCACGCCCUACCAGGCUCUAUUCCCCAGCACCCCCAUCCUCCUCAUCAAAUCCGAGAUGCAGCACGUCUUCCAGCCCAAGAGCUCCUGGCCCGACAUGCAAGUUACCGUGCCCGUCCUGCGAGAGAUUUUCGGUUCCGAAAUGCUCCAACCUGGUUCCGACAAUUUUGGCUCCUCCACCACCGCUCUUACUUCCUCAUCUCCAUCAACACCACUUAACGAUGAAGAAGACCAACCCACCCUCCUAAUCCACCUCUUCUCCAACGGCGGUUCCGCCCAGCUUCUAUCUCUGCACCACUACCUCCUCCAGUCCGAGUCCCGUCUCCGUCUCCCACCACACCUAACUAUCUUCGACUCUGCGCCAGGACAAAUAGCUUACUUCCCUACCUACCGCGCCCUCUCGCACGUUCUUCUCCCGCCUGUUUCCCGCGCUGGGUCCUCUUCUCUCUGGGAUACCCUUCGCCGCUUGAUUAUCUCUCCCCUUCUUCACAUGUGGGUCUCCCUCCUCUGGACGAGCAACUUCCUUUCCCGCCUGUUGAAACUACGCUUUUUGGAGUCUCCGCUUGAAAGAGCGGCAAGGGAGCAGAAUGAUAGGACGCCUGGGAAGGGGAGGGCGGAAAGGGAAAGGGGACGGAUGUAUUUCUAUAGUGAGGAGGAUGAGUUGGUGGGGUAUAGAGAUGUGGAGGCGCAUAUGGAGGGGGCGAGGAGGGGGGCUAAGGGGGUUAGAGGAGAAAAGUUUGCGGGGACGGGACAUGUUGGGCAUGCGAGGGGGGAGGAGAAUGCGGGGAGGUAUUGGAGUUGUGUGAGGGGGUUUUGGGAGGGGGAGGGGUGGAUGUGA